ACGUGAGAAAGAGCAGGCAACCGAGCAUCGGAGAACUACUGCGUGUGAGCCGCUUUCUCCUCCGCGCUGCCGGCGGAUCUCUUCCUGUCUUCCUGAGACCCUCGCGGGCCGCUGUCCCGCCGCAGUCAUGAAGCCAAAGCCACUUUCCCACAAGACCGAGAACACUUACCGGUUUCUUACAUUUGCUGAAAGACUAGGGAAUGUGAACAUUGAUAUUAUUCACCGUAUCGAUAGAACUGCAAGCUAUGAGGAGGACGUCGAGACUUACUUCUUCGAGGCUCUGCUGAAGUGGAGAGAACUGAACCUUACAGAGCACUUCGGGAAAUUUUACAAAGAAGUCAUUGACAAAUGCCAAUCUUUUAACCAGUUGGUCUAUCAUCAAAAUGAAAUCGUCCAGAGCUUGAAGACUCACCUGCAGAUUAGGAACAGUUUUGCCUUCCAACCUCUUUUGGAUUUAGUAGUCCAGUUGGCACGAGAUCUGCAGACUGAUUUCUACCCCCACUUUGAAGACUUCUUCCUGACAAUCACGUCCAUCCUGGAGACUCAGGACACAGAACUGUUAGAAUGGGCUUUCACCUCGCUCUCGUAUCUUUACAAGUACCUGUGGAGACUGAUGGUGAAGGACAUGUCCAAGAUAUACAGCCUGUAUAGCACCCUCUUGGCUCAUAAAAAACUACAUAUAAGAAAUUUUGCUGCCGAAAGUUUUACUUUCUUGAUGAGAAAGGUCUCUGAUAAAAAUGCACUUUUCAAUUUAAUGUUUCUUGAUCUUAAUGAACAUCCAGAAAAAGUGGAAGGAGUUGGACAACUGCUCUUUGAAAUGUGCAAAGGAGUCAGAAAUAUGUUUCAUUCCUGCACAGGCCAGGCACUCCCGCUCCUUCUGCAGAAGCUAGGACCAGUCACUGAGACAGAAACUCAACUACCGUGGAUUCUAGUUGGGGAAACCCUGAAAACCAUGGCCAGAUCCACUGUAGUGUAUAUCUACAAGGAACAUUUUGGUGUGUUUUUUGACUGUUUGCAAGAGUCACUCCUGGAGCUACACAACAAAUCGACAGAAGCAAACUGCCGUGAAAGCUCUGAACAGAUGAGCCGCUUGCUGGAAACAUACCUGAUCGUCGUGAAACACGGAAGUGGCUCCAAAAUACCACUGCCUGCUGACGUUUGUGGGGUAUUGUCUGAAGCAUUACAGACAGCCAAUCUGUCCACAUCUUGCCGGAAGACUCUCUUGGAUGUAGUUUCUGCUUUGCUCCUAGCUGAGAAUGUUUCCUUGCCAGAGACCCUCAUCAAAGAAACUAUAGAAAAAGUAUUUGAAAGCAAAUUUGAAAGACGUUUGAUUUUGGAUUUUUCUGAAGUCAUGUUUGCUAUGAAGCAGUUUGAGCAGCUGUUUCUACCGAGCUUUCUUUUGUACAUUGAGAAUUGCUUCUUGAUGGACAACUCUGUGGUCAGCGAUGAAGCACUGGCCAUUUUAGCCAAACUCAUUCUGAACAAAGCUGCUCCUCCCACUGCCGGCUCCAUGGCCAUUGAAAAGUACCCUCUGAUUUUCUCACAGCAGACAGUGGGAUCCUACUUACAGCAGAGGAAGGCUGACUCCAAGAGAAGAAAGGAACAGUUUCCAGUCUUAAACCAUCUCUUAUCCAUAGUUCAGUUACCCCCAAAUAAAGAUGCCACUUACCUUUCACAGUCUUGGGCAGCCCUUGUGGUAUUACCUCAUCUUAGACCUCUUGAGAAAGAGAAGACGAUAUCACUUGUGUCCUGCUUCAUAGAGUCACUCUUCCUGGCUGUUGACAGAGGGAGCUUUGGAAAAGGACACUUAUUUGUUCUUUGUCAAGCUGUAAAUACUCUACUAAGUUUGGAAGAGUCUUCUGAACUCCUUCAUCUGGUUCCUGUGGAACGGGUAAAGCACUUAGUGCUAACAUUUCCAAUGGAGCCAUCUGUGUUGCUGUUGGCCGAUCUCUAUUAUCAGAGGCUAGCAUUAUGUGGAUGUAAAGGGCCACUCUCUGAGGAGGCUUUAAUGGAAUUAUUUCCCAAGUUACAAGCAAACAUCUCAUCUGGUGUCUCCAAGAUUCGGCUUUUGACAAUAAGGAUCCUAAAUCAUUUUGACAUCCGGCUUCCAGUUUCAAUGGAGGAUGAUGGGCUCUCAGAGAGGCAGUCAGCCUUUGCUAUAUUACGCCAGGCUGAACUUGUGCCGGCAACUGUGAGCGACUACAGAGAGAAGCUUCUGCACUUGAGAAAGCUGAGGCAUGACGUGGUGCAGGGGACGGUCCCUCAGGGACAACUGCAGGAGGUGCCACUCCGCUAUCUGUUAGGCAUGCUGUAUGUCAACUUCAGUGCCCUCUGGGACCCUGUUAUUGAGCUCAUAAGUUCUCAUGCCCAUGGAAUGGAAAACAAGCAAUUCUGGAACGUCUGCUAUGAACAUCUGGAAAAGGCAGCUUCUCAUGCCGAGAAAGAACUGCAGAAGGAUGUAAGAGACCAAGAGUCCACGGGAGAUGAAAGUUGGGAGCAAACCCAGGAAGGAGACGUUGGUGCUCUUUACCAGCAGCAGUUAGCGUUGAAAACCAACUGUCGGGAACGACUGGACCAUACCAACUUCCGAUUCUUGCUUUGGCGAGCUUUGGCCAAGUUCCCAGAGAGAGUAGAGCCAAGGUCCAGGGAACUUUCCCCACUUUUCCUGAGAUUCAUCAACAAUGAGUAUUAUCCAGCAGAUCUGCAAGUUGCUCCUACUCAGGAUCUACGCAGAAAAGGCCGAGGAGCAGUGGCUGAGGAAGCAGAGGAAGAACCUGCUGCUGUAGAGGAUGAAGAACUGGAGGAAGAGGCCGUGCCCACAGAUGAAGCGCCCCAGAAGAAGAAGACAAGAAGGGCUGCAGCAAAGCAGCUCAUUGCUCAUUUGCAAGUCUUCUCUAAGUUUUCAAACCCACGGGCCUUAUAUCUAGAAUCCAAAUUGUAUGAAUUAUAUCUUCAGUUAUUGCUACACCAAGAUCAAGCCGUGCAAAAAAUAACUUUGGACUGCAUAAUGACCUACAGGCAUCCUCAUAUCCUCCCUUACAGGGAAAACUUACAAAGGCUGCUGGACGACCGAAGCUUUAAGGAAGAGAUCGUGCAUUUCAACAUCUCGGAAGAUAACACUGUGGUGAAAGCGGCCCACCGGGCAGAUUUGUUUCCCAUUCUGAUGAGAAUUUUGUAUGGGCGGAUGAAGAAUAAGACAGGGAGUAAAACCCAGGGCAAAUCCGCUUCGGGAACCCGCAUGGCCAUUGUUUUGCGGUUCCUCGCGGGGAGCCAACCUGAAGAGAUCCAGUUAUUCUUAGACCUGCUGUCUGAGCCUGUGAAGCACUUCAAGAACGGGGACUGCUGUUCUGCAGUCAUCCAGGCAGUGGAAGAUUUGGAUGUGUCUAAAGUUCUCCCUCUGGGGCGGCAGCACGGCGUCUUGAACAGCCUGGAGGUCGUGUUGAAGAACAUCAGUCAUCUCAUCAGCGCAUACCUUCCCAAGAUCCUGCAGAUCCUGCUGUGUAUGACAGCAACCGUCUCCCACAUCCUCAACCAACGAGAGAAGAUACAGCUGAGGUUUAUUAACCCACUGAAAAAUUUAAGACGUCUGGGAAUCAAGAUGGUCACCGAUAUCUUUUUGGAUUGGGAAUCCUAUCAGUUCAGAGCAGAAGAGAUUGAUGCUGUGUUUCAUGGUGCAGUUUGGCCCCAGAUCUGCAGGCUUGGAUCUGAGACUCAGUAUUCGCCUACUCCUCUGUUGAAACUAAUUAGUAUCUGGAGCAGAAAUGCAAGAUAUUUCCCUCUUCUGGCUAAACAGAGACCUGGGCACCCAGAAUGUGAUAUCCUGACCAAUGUCUUUGCAGUUCUCUCAGCAAAGAACCUGUCGGAUGCCACAGCUAGCAUUAUAAUGGAGAUAGUCGACGAUCUCCUCAACCUUCCAGAUUUCGAGCCCACAGAAACAGUGCUGAGCCUGCCGGUAACUGGCUGUGUGUAUGCCGACGUAGCAGAGAACACAGAGCCUGUCACUAUAGGAGGGAGAUUGAUUCUGCCACAUGUGCCUGCAAUUCUUCAGUAUCUCAGCAAAACCACGAUAAGUGCAGAGAAGGUGAAGAAGAAAAAGAACAGGGUUCAAGUCAGUAAGGAGCUCGGCAUUCUUUCCAAGAUAAGCAAGUUUAUGAAAGACAGAGAACAGUGUUCUCUCCUCAUUACACUUCUCCUUCCGUUCCUCCUCCGGGGCAAUGUUGCUCAGGAUACAGAGCUUGACAUCCUGGUGACAGUGCAGAACUUGUUACAGCACUGUCUGGAUCCCACACACUUCCUCAGACCUCUCGCCAAACUCUUUUCAGUUAUUAAGAACAAGUUGUCAAGACAGCUGCUCUGUACUGUUUUCCAGAGUCUGUCUGAUUUUGAAAGUGGACUAAAAUACAUUACGGAUAUCGUAAAGCUUAAUGCCUUUGAUAAAAGACAUCUUGAUGACAUCAACUUUGACGUCCGAUUCUCAGCCUUCCAGACCAUCACCUCCAGCAUAAAGGCAAUGCCGACGGUGGAUGCGGACUACCUCAUCGCCGUGAUGCACAGCUGUUUCUAUAAUAUGGAGAUAGGAGACAUGUCUUUGAGUGACAAUGCCAGCAUAUGCUUGACAAGUAUAAUCAAAAGGCUAGCUGCUUUGAAUGUCACGGAGAAAGAAUAUAAGGAGAUCAUUCACCGGACACUCCUGGAGAAACUGAGGAAAGGGCUGAAGAGCCAGACAGAGAGUGUUCAACAUGACUAUACCCUGAUCCUUUCCUGUUUGAUUCAAACUUUUCCAAAUCAACUGGAAUUUAAGGACUUGGUACAGCUCACUCAUUACCAUGACCCGGAAAUGGACUUCUUUGAGAACAUGAAGCACAUUCAGAUCCACAGGCGAGCAAGAGCCUUGAAGAAACUGGCUAAGCAGCUCCUGGAGGGACAGGUUGUGAUGUCUUCUAAAUCUCUUCAGAAUUACAUCAUGCCUUAUGCCAUGGCUCCAAUUCUUGAUGAGAAAAUGCUCAAGCAUGAAAACAUAACCAUUGCUGCCACAGAGGCUAUCGGAGCCAUCUGCAGACACCUGUCUUGGCCAGCAUAUGUCUAUUACUUGAAACAUUUCAUCCAUGUCUUGCAAUCAGGGCAAAUCAACCAGAAACUGGCUGUCAGUUUGCUGGUGAUUGUGUUGGAAGCAUUCCAUUUUGACUACAGAACUCUAGAAGAACAAAUGGGAAAUGUUAAGAAUGAAGAAAACACGGUUGAGAUGGCUGAGUUACUGGAGCAUGAAGCCAUGGAAGUGGAGGACAUGGAUGAGGAGAAGGAACAAGUCUCUGAGAGAUUGUCAGACAGCAAGGAGCCACUGGAAGCCCCUGAGGCAGCUGCUUCUGAGGGGACAGCAGCUAAGGAGAAAGAGUGCAUCUCUAAGUCUGUCUCUUUUUUUCCUCGGAAUAAGGAGGAGUUAGAAAGAACAAUUAAAACCAUCCAGGGAGCCGUAACUGGGGACAUUCUCCCCAGGCUGCAUAAGUGCCUUGCAUCUGCGACCAAAAGAGAAGAAGAGCACAAGCUGGUCAAGUCAAAGGUUGUGAAUGACGAGGAGGUGGUCCGAGUCCCCCUGGCCUUCGCCAUGGUCAAGCUGAUGCGGUCCCUUCCACAGGAAGUUAUGGAGGCAAAUCUGCCCAGUAUUUUGCUGAAAGUGUGUGUCCUCCUCAAGAACAGAGCACAGGAAAUUAGAGACAUUGCACGCAGCACUCUCUCCAGAAUAAUCGAAGAUCUGGGUGUGCACUUUCUGCAGUACGUUCUCAAAGAAUUACAGACGACCCUUGUCCGCGGGUAUCAGGUCCAUGUGCUGACCUUCACUGUUUACACACUGCUGCAAGGCCUCUCCAGCAAACUGCAAGUUGGGGAUUUAGAUUCUUGUCUUCACAUAAUGACUGAGAUUUUUAACCAUGAAUUGUUUGGGGCCCUUGCUGAAGAAAAAGAAGUAAAGCAGAUUCUGUCCAAAGUCAUGGAGGCUCGAAGGAGCAAGAGUUACGACUCCUAUGAAAUCCUGGGCAAGUUUGUCGGAAAACAGCAAGUUACGAAACUUAUUCUUCCGUUAAAAGAGAUCCUACAAAAUACCACAAGUUUAAAACUUGCCCGGAAAGUUCACGAAACCUUACACCGAAUUAUAGCAGGAUUGAUUGUGAAUCCGGACAUGACGGCAGAUGCUCUUCUGCUGCUCAGUUACGGCUUGGUCAGUGAAAACCUGCCGCUGCUAACAGAGAAAGAAAAAAAACCGGCAGCCCCUGUGCCUGAUGCUCAACUGCCACCCCAGAGCUGCCUUCUGCUCCCUGCAACUCCAGUUCGAGGUGGGCCAAAAGCUGUCGUGAGCAAGAAAACCAAUAUGCACAUAUUUAUUGAGUCUGGGCUUCGGCUGCUGCACCUGAGUCUAAAGACUUCCAAGAUCAAGUCUUCUAGUGAGCAUGUGCUGGAAAUGUUGGACCCUUUUGUGUCCCUCCUCAUAAACUGCCUGGGUGCCCAGGAUGUGAAGGUGAUCACAGGAGCUUUGCAGUGCCUGAUCUGGGUCUUGCGGUUCCCUCUGCCUUCCAUAGCAACCAAAGCAGAGCAGCUGACGAAACACCUUUUCCUCCUGCUGAAGAACUAUGCAAGAGUAGGGGCUGCACGGGGCCAGAAUUUCCACCUGGUUGUGAAUUGUUUCAAGUGUGUAACCAUCGUUGUAAAGAAAGUCAAGUCUCACCAGAUAACUGAGAAACAACUUCAGGUUCUCCUGGCUUAUGCUGAGGAAGACAUUUAUGAUACUUCAAGACAAGCCACUGCAUUUGGUCUUCUGAAGGCUAUCUUGUCAAGAAAAUUAUUGGUCCCAGAAAUUGACGAUAUCAUGCGGAAAGUAUCCAAGUUGGCAAUUUCUGUACAAAAUGAACCUGCCAGAGUCCAGUGCAGACAGGUUUUCCUGAAAUACAUUCUUGACUAUCCCCUCGGUGAGAAAUUGAGACCAAACUUGGAAUUCAUGCUUGCUCAGCUGAAUUAUGAACAUGAGACGGGAAGAGAAUCUGCUUUGGAAAUGAUCGCCUAUCUGUUUGAGACCUUCCCUCAGGGCCUCCUCCAUGACCACUGCGGGAUGUUCUUCAUCCCUCUCUGCCUAAUGACGGUCAACGAUGACUCUGCCACGUGCAAAAGGAUGGCAUCCAUGACCAUCAAGUCCUUACUCAGCAAGGUCAGCCUUGAGAAGAGGGACUGGCUGUUUGCUCUAGUUACCUCCUGGUUUGAAGCAAAAAAGCGAUUAAACAGGCAACUGGCUGCCCUGGCCUGUGGUUUAUUUGUGGAAAGCGAAGGAGUUGAUUUUGAGAGAAGGCUUGGAACUCUUCUUCCUGUGAUUGAAAAGGAAAUUGAUCCUGAAAUUUUUAAAGAUAUCAUAGAGGAGACGGAAGAAAAGGCUGCAGAUCGCCUGCUGUUUGGUUUUCUCACUCUGAUAAGUAAACUCAUCAAGGAAUGUAACAUUAUUCACUUUACCAAGCCCUCUGAGACUCUGAGUAAAAUCUGGAGUCAUGUGCACUCUCACCUCAGACACCCACACAGCUGGGUGUGGCUCACAGCAGCCCAGAUUUUUGGAUUGCUCUUUGCCUCUUGCCAACCAGAAGAGCUCAUUCAAAAAUGGAAAGGCAAAAAGGCCAAAAAGAAGACCUCAGACCCUGUAGCAGUCAGGUUCCUAACAAGUGACCUUGGCCAGAAGAUGAAGAGUAUCACCCUGGCAUCAUGCCAUCAGCUGCAGUCCAAAUUCUUAGAUGAGUCUCUAGGAGAACAGGUUGUUAAGAACUUACUGUUCAUAGCGAAAGUUUUAUAUUUACUGGAACUUGAAUCUGGGAACAAGCAAGGAGAGUUAAAAGACUCAGAAGAACAGGACACUUUAGCAGAUGCUCUGGCCAGAGAGGCGGCAGAAGAGAAGGCUGGUGGAAAAACGGAGUCUGACAGAGAAGAGCCCAGCAAGCCAGCCACAUUGAUGUGGCUGAUCCAGAAGCUGUCCCGAAUGGCUAAGCUGGAAGCGGCCUAUUCACCCAGAAACCCCUUAAAGAGAACCUGCAUCUUUAAGUUCCUCGGUGCCAUAGCCGUGGAUCUUGGAGUAGAGCGGGUAAAGCCCUAUCUCCCAGUGAUCAUCGCUCCACUGUUUCGAGAACUCAACAGCACCUAUUCAGAGCAAGACCCUGUUCUGAAGAAUUUAUCCCAGGAAAUCAUAGAAUUACUCAAAAAGCUGGUUGGACUAGAGAGCUUCUCAUUAGCCUUUGCCUCUGUCCAGAAACAGGCUAGUGAAAAGAGAGCACUUCGGAAAAAGAGGAAGGCCCUGGAGUUUGUAACCAAUCCUGAUAUUGCUGCCAAGAAGAAGUUGAAGAAACAUAAAAAUAAAAGUGAAGCAAAGAAGAGAAAGAUAGAGUUCCUGCGUCCGGGUUAUAAGGCCAAGAGACAAAAGUCCCACAGCCUCAGAGACUUGGCAAUGGUGGAGUGAGGUCUCCCUGUGUGCGUUAACUCAGCUGUCUCUACCAGGAUGGAAACCUGAACACCCUGCCUUAGUGUACUGGGCUCAAUGUCCAGCAGAUUUUGCUCCUUGUUUUGGGAGGUGGGUGUGGUGGCUUGACACCCGUACUCUCUGGACUAAAAAGGCUCAGGCAAGAGGAUUGCCACAAGUUUCAGAGUGCUGCACUGAGAUCGGGCUCAAGCAAAAGAAAUUAAGUUAAAACUUUGGCAUAGAUUUGUAAUGUAUAUUUUAUGUAACCAUACUUGUAUUUUUUAAUUAAAAUGUUUAUAUGCUA